AGCGAUCAGUAUCUACGGAAUAUCGCCGCGUAAUGGUCGCACCGAGCAAAAUCCUGGAGCCGCCCCUGAAUCGGCUGCACUGCGCCAUCCUGCACAGCCUGCCGGGCCAGAGUUGCACAAAGGCGCUGUUGUGGAAUCUGUACCGCAACCAUGUGUCCAGUGCCAAGUACUACUCACCCUUGUUGCUGUUGCCCUUGCUAAUGAAUUGGCGAAAGGUGUCCAAAAACCUGGUGCUUUCUGUGUUCAAAAACUAUGCCCAAUCCGUCGGUUUUGCGGCCUGGAUAAAUGCCAUUACUUUUUUUUUGAUGUGCGUGGGAAGGCGUCUGACUGAUCGAUUUGUGUUCAUACUUAUACCAUAUUUGCCUUGCUGGAUUGCCUCGCAGCUGAGUUGGUUGAUGCCUCCUCAGGUGCUUCACUUCUUCGUGACUGGGAUUACCCCAGCAGCACUGGAAACCCUAAUGAGAUAUUUCAACAUCGGCUUGGUACAUUCACCCAUGGCACAAACUGUUAUAUUCAUGAUAUCCUCUGUGGUAGUCUUGCACUAUCAGCAGUCUCGGAAGUAUUCUGGUUUCUGGUUCAUCCGCCCAGCUUCUCUGCCCGACAAUAACGAGGAUUGGACAAUCUUGAGGCAUAUGAAGCAGGGCCUUAAAGAGUUAAGAUCAUACCUGGGCAUUGGACUGGCAAUGGAUCUACUCAAUCCCUUGAUGAAGAGAAACUUAAAACUCUUGCGACCCAAGAUGACAAGUUUCUUGGCGGGCUACAUAGGCUUGUUUAAGGUGGUGCAAUUACUUUCAUUCAAAAGAUUGAAUGCAAAUCAAGCGAAUGGACUGGCUGCCUUUAUAAGUGGGGCUUCGUUUGCCCUUCUACCAAAUCGCCUCACUUUCAUGUCUUUUGCUGUUGUAACGGCCAUCCAGGUGAUUUGGAGCCAAGUUUGCGACACUAAAGAUGAAAAGGAUGCGGUGCUGUCUGUCAUGCGAAAGAUUCCCUGGGCAAGACUGCUGAUACCCUGUAGUCUGGCAUACCUGGUGCACAUCUUCUUUUACCACCAAAGGCUCCUAAAUGAGGUAGCUCGGAGUUUCAUAGACUGCACCUGUGAUAACAAUGGUCAACGAUUGUUGAAUCUGAUAGCUCUUCCCAAUGUCAAUGCGAUACUAGAAGCUGUGGAUAAGACGCCUAAAACUUCCUUUUGGUUUUAACUGGCUAGCAAAAUAUAUUGACAUAAAUAUAUAAAAAUCAAUAACAUUUGCCAAAUGAAUUUAUAUUUGUCCGUUUAUCAUUAAAUCAUUUGCCCACCAUA